AUGGAGGGCGCAGGGCCCCGGGGGGCCGGGCCGGCGCGGCGCCGUGGAGCCGUGGAGCCGCCGCCGCUGCUGCCGCUGCUGCUGCUGCUCUGGCUGCUGCCCGGCCCCGCGGCGCCCCAGGAGCUGAACCCGCGCGGCCGCAACGUGUGCCGCGCGCCCGGUUCCCAGGUGCCCACGUGCUGCGCUGGCUGGAGGCAGCAGGGGGACGAGUGUGGGAUUGCGGUGUGUGAGGGCAACUCCACGUGCUCGGAGAACGAGGUGUGCGUGAGGCCGGGCGAAUGCCGCUGCCGUCAUGGUUACUUCGGUGCCAACUGCGACACCAAGUGUCCGCGCCAGUUCUGGGGCCCCGAUUGCAAGGAGCUGUGUACCUGCCACCCUCACGGGCAGUGCGAGGACGUGACGGGCCAGUGUACGUGUCACGCGCGGCGCUGGGGCGCGCGCUGCGAGCAUGCGUGUCAGUGCCAGCACGGCGCGUGCCACCCGCGGAGCGGCGCGUGCCGCUGCGAGCCCGGCUGGUGGGGAGCGCUGUGCGCCAACGCGUGCUACUGCAGCGCCACCUCGCGCUGCGACCCACAGACAGGCGCCUGCCUGUGCCACGCAGGCUGGUGGGGCCGCAGCUGCAACAAUCAGUGCGCCUGCAACUCGUCUCCCUGCGAGCAGCAGAGCGGCCGCUGCCAGUGCCGCGAGCGCACGUUCGGCGCGCGCUGCGAUCGCUACUGCCAGUGCUUCCGCGGCCGCUGCCACCCUGUGGACGGCACGUGCGCCUGCGAGCCGGGCUACCGCGGCAAGUAUUGCCGAGAGCCGUGCCCCGCCGGUUUCUACGGCCUGGGCUGUCGCCGCCGGUGCGGCCAGUGUAAGGGCCAGCAGCCGUGCACUGUGGCCGAGGGCCGCUGCCUGACGUGCGAGCCCGGUUGGAAUGGAACCAAGUGCGACCAACCGUGCGCCACCGGCUUCUAUGGCGAAGGCUGCGGCCACCGCUGCCCACCGUGCCGCGACGGGCACGCCUGUAACCAUGUCACCGGCAAGUGUACGCGCUGCAAUGCGGGCUGGAUCGGCGACCGGUGCGAGACCAAGUGCAGCAAUGGCACUUACGGCGAGGACUGUGCCUUCGUGUGCGCCGACUGCGGCAGCGGCCACUGCGACUUCCAGUCGGGGCGCUGCCUGUGCAGCCCUGGCGUUCACGGGCCCCACUGUAACUUGACUUGCCCACCCGGGCUUCAUGGUGUGGACUGCGCCCAGGCCUGCAGCUGCCACGAGGACUCGUGCGAUCCUGUCACCGGUGCCUGCCGCCUAGAGACCAACCAGCGCAAGGGCGUGAUGGGUGCGGGCGCGCUUCUUGCACUACUCCUCGGCCUGCUGCUGUCGCUGCUCGGCUGCUGCUGCGCCUGCCGCGGCAAGGACCCCGCGCGCCGGCCCCGCCCUCGCAGGGAGCUCUCGCUUGGGAGGAAGAAGGCGCCUCAGCGACUGUGCGGGCGCUUCAGCCGCAUCAGCAUGAAGCUGCCGCGGAUCCCGCUGCGCAGGCAGAAGCUGCCCAAAGUCGUAGUGGCGCAUCACGACCUGGAUAACACACUCAACUGCAGCUUCCUGGAGCCACCCUCAGGGCUGGAGCAGCCCUCACCAUCAUGGUCCUCCCGGGCUUCCUUCUCCUCCUUCGAUACCACCGAUGAAGGCCCUGUGUACUGUGUGCCCCAUGAGGAGGCGGCAACCGACAGCAGGGACCCAGAGGCCCCCACCGCCCCUGCGGAGGCGCCAGCUUCGUCCCUCGCGCCCUUGACCACGCCAGCGUCCGCGGAGGAGGCGACGCCCUUCCCCGCGUCCUCCGACAGCGAACGGUCGACGUCGAGCGUGGAGGGGCCCGGCGGGGCCCUGUAUGCGCGCGUGGCCCGGCGCGAGGCCCGGCUGGCCCGGGCCCGGGGCGAGGCUGGGGGCCUAUCGCUGUCGCCAUCGCCCGAGCGUAGGAAGCCGCCACCACCCGACCCCGCCACCAAGCCCAAGGUGUCCUGGAUCCACGGCAAGCAUGGCGCCGCCGCCGCUGCCCGUGCGCCCUCGCCGCCACCCCCGGGCCCCGAGGCCGCGCCCAGCCCCAGCAAGAGGAAACGGACGCCCAGCGACACGUCCGCACGGCCGGACGAGCCCAGCAGCCCCCGGGCCCGCGACCCGGUGCAGCGGCCCCCGGGGCUGGCCGAGGAAGCGCCUGCCGUCGCCGCACCCUCGCCGCCCCGGGCCCGAGUGCGGGGCCGCGGCCCUGGCCUCUCGGAGCCCACGGACGCCGGCGGUCCCCCGCGCAGCGCGCCCGAGGCUGCCUCCAUGCUGGCCGCCGAGCUGCGCGGCAAGACUCGCAGCCUGGGCCGCGCCGAGGGGGCCCUGGGCGCGCAGGGCCCCCGGGAGAAGCCGGCGCCGCCGCAGAAAGCCAAGCGCUCCGUGCCGCCCGCCUCGCCGGCCCGCGCGCAGCCCGCGCCUGAGGCCCCGGGGCCCGAGAAGGCGGCGGUCAGCGCGCCCGCGCCCGAGACCCCCCGGAAGAAGACCCCCAUCCAAAAGCCGCCGCGCAAGAAGAGCCGGGACGCGGCGAGCGAGCUGGGCAGGGCGGGCGCGCCCACCCUGUAG